AUGGCCGCGAUGCACCACCAUUUGGCUUUUGCCUUCGGUAUCCUAGGUUGGUUCGAAAGAGCCCUCUACCUCUCUCGCUUUCCCUCUCAUGCUCGAGAACGCCUACUUCGUCUCUCGUUUCUCGGCGAUGGGGUUCUGUGGCUCCUGCGGGGAACGUGAAUCCACGGGCCGCUCUCCUAUUUCAUUCGCUAUUGUUUCUCCCAUCGGCGAUUUUCCGAUCGAAUUACCACAGAACGCUGCUAUUUCAUCUCGUUCUUCUUCACACUUGCCACCGUCUUGAUCGUCUUAUCUUCGCUUGGCCUACAGGGAACCUCAUCUCAUUUAUGGUCUAUCUCGCCCCAGUGUAAGCAAUUACUCCUCCUCCCCCUCCUGUUUCAACAUUUCUGUAUCAUUUACGUGUAUGGCUAGCCUUUAACUCCGCCGGGGACCUCAGGCCGACGUUUUACCGGAUAUGCAAGAAGAGGUCGACGGAGGGCUUCCAGGCGGUGCCGUACGUGAUAGCUCUCUUCAGCGCCAUGCUGAUGAUCUACUACGCAUUGAUCAAGACGAACUCCUUCCUCCUUAUUACCAUUAACGGGGUCGGCUGCUUCAUAGAGACCGUAUACAUCGUCUUGUUCCUCACUUUCGCGCCAAAGAAGGCCAGGGUAACCAUCUCUCCUCCCUCCUCUCCUCCCCCCAUCCGGACGGCAUAGCAGCCCAUUUCCGGCGGCUCGCACGGCGGCGUGCCCUCUUCUAACCGGUGACACACUUCCACCGCUGCAGAUAUCCACUCUGAAGCUGCUGCUGUUGUUGAACGUUUUGACGUACUGUAUCAUCGUGGGCCUGACCAUGUUCCUCCUCAAGGGCGCCAACCGCGUUCGAGUUAUCGGGUGGAUCAACGUCGGGUUCUCCGUGAGCGUUUUCGCGGCUCCGCUGAGCAUCAUGGUCAGCACAGUAGAGCUCACCAUCUUAUGAUAUUUUAUCACAUUGAAUGAGUUUCUUAGUCAUUGGGUUCCGGUGAGCAGAGGCUGGUGAUACGCACCAAGAGCGUGGAGUUCAUGCCGUUCACACUCUCUUUCUUCCUAACCCUAAGCGCCGUUGUCUGGUUCGGCUACGGUUUGCUGAUCAGGGAUCCCUACGUUGCGGUGAGUAUCUAUCCACCGAGGAAUCGUCGUCUUGCUGCACUUGUGGAAGCGAUCUCCUGAAGAAGCUCAUCUUCUAUCCGGGUUCUUUGCCAGGCGCCGAACAUACUGGGCUUCCUCUUCGGAGUGGCGCAGAUGGUUCUCUACAUCAUCUAUAAGGAUGCGAAGCAGCUGAGGGAAUGCAAGGACCCAGAGAAGGCCACCGGCCUGCCGGACUCCAAGCACCCCGAGGUGGUCGUCAAGGUCGGCACCAUGGCCGCUUCGGAGGUUCAUCCCAUCGAACCCCCGAAGCAGGAAUCCCACGGGAAGGGCGAAUCGGAGAGGCGGCACCCGCAUGGGGAAGAAGAGGCCGGCGGCGGAGGAGGCGGUGGGGACAAGAAUAGCGUGGCGGGCCCGGGCGAGAUCGAGCUGAACCCGCCUCGGGCUUGA